AUGGAUCUGGCGGAGACGAUGAAGAAUGUGUUAGCGAAGAGUAGUGGAAAUGCCACUAGUACGGCAAGUGGAUCCAGCGCGGCAGCCCCACACGGCGCGGAGGGAUAUGUCACAGAAAAGCUUUACAUGCUAUUGCAAUUAUAUUUACAAAAUAAGGGCUGGAGUCCCAGUAUAGAGCUACUACAAUGUUUCAGCGAUCUCAAAGAGUCUUCCAUGCUUCCAAGUGCAACUUAUUUACAAAUGAUGGCAUCAAGGGUUGGUUUAGAUGCUCAAGGGCGUCUGAUUUAUCGUGAAAAUGGUAAAAUAAUCUUACCUUAUGAACAUUUUGCAAAUGCUGUUAUGUUGAAACACAUGAAUGGUCCCCAUGGCCUACAUUUGGGAUUAGAGGCAACUGUCAGAGCUGUGGUUGAAUCUUAUACAAUUGGUAGAGAACAAUUUGGUAUGGAGAAAGAGUUUAUUGUAGAAGUUGUUCAAAAUUGUCCAAACCCAGCUUGUCGCUAUUACAAGAAUCAGUUAGAAAUGACACAGAAAUCUAUACAACAACACUUAUCCCAACAACCAACAUACAUACCAGAUGCAGGCAGUUCCAAUUUAUCAGACAGUCAAGCAGUGGAGCGCCUACUACGUGGUGCAGCGCUGCCACAAGACUAUCAGCUGCCACUUGCACCACAUCUUGCCGCUCUCAGUGAGUUGUUAACAAAUUUAACCGGAGACAAAACGGAUCGUCGUGCGGCUGAUAAACUCUCACAGCAUCAGCAAAUGCUACUGCACCAAAAUCGUUCCAUGAGUCACCAGUCGAUUGAUAAAUACUCCCAGAGGUCAUCUUCACAAUCUUCUUUGGACACCAAGUCUAAACACCACUACACUGAUGAUCACAAAUUGACUGAUUUUCUAAGAGCGAACCUGGAAAGCCUGGAGUCACUAUCGGGAGGGUCGAGUGGGUCAGGCGGUCAGGAACGCGUAGUGCGUGCGUUCGCAGAGUUGGCCCGUAACUUGCAACGUAUGCGGCCGUGUGUCCGGCCAGCUAUGUGCAAACCGUAUGGGAAACAGAGCGAGCAACUGCAGAAGAUCCUCUUGGAUACAAUUCAGUUGGUCCAGUCGCUCCGUAGCUAUCUGCCUCCGCCGCACAUACAAGUCACGUCGUGGAAGAACGAUGAUAAAUUGCGUUCAAAUAAUAUGGAUGACUUGGAGAGCCGUAAGAUAGUUAGCGGUAACUAG